AUGGACCUGCCGAUGUACCACGGGAGCAUCAGCAGGGAGGCGUGUCAGGAGCUGCUCUCGAGUAAAGGGAAGGACGGGUCGUUCCUCAUCCGGGACAGCGAGACCAUCCAGGGGGCUCUGUGCCUCUGUGUUUACAAACAAAAAGUGGUGUAUACCUACAGAAUCCUGCAAACGCACAGUGGAUAUUACACCUUACAGACGUCUGCUGGAGUACAGGAGAGGUUCUUUAAGACUCUGGUGGAGCUGGUGCAGAGCUACAGGGAGAAAGACCAGGGCCUGGCGAGCCCCCUGCGGUACCCCGUGAAGAGAAGGAUGCGGUCACUGGCUCACGCCCCCGACAACACACCCGAAUAUGAGAACGUGGACGCAGUGACUAAGCACGGUCCCGUCCUGCCGCCCUGA